AUGGACAACUACAACCUCCAGGAGGAGCUCCUGUCGCUCUCUUCCGACCCAUCAAUCUACCCCAUCCGCAAUGAGCUCGACAUUCCCGACCUCUCGUCGUCCACGAUCGACGAGCACCUCUCGAUGGCCAUCGAGGCGGUGGUGAACGACCCCGACGUUAUCCUGCACUCGCCCGACCAGACGAUCGACGUCUUCGCCUCGGUCCUCAAGCAUGCCGACGCACCGACCGUCAACGGCGCCGUCCUCCAGAAGACGCUCGACGCCAUCUGCUCGGGCAUGAGCCACCACGCGACGGCUGUCAUGGCCCUCGUUGCCCCUGGCAACGACGAUCUUGACGCUCCCCUCCAGCACAAGACCCAGCUCGAGCUCUGGGCCUUCCUCAUGCAGUGGUUCGUCGCCGCGGCCGAGAAGGGCGCGGGCCGCCAGCCCGGUGAGGAGGCGGUCGCUACGAAGGCCCGCGGCGGUGCCAAGGGCAAGAAGACCACCAAGGCGGCAGCUCAGCCUACGUCGUUUGUUUGGGUCGACCACUUGCCGCUGGUGCUCAACACUAUGCACCGCGCACUCCGCCUGCCGACGUCGCGCAUCUGGCGUACCUCGUCGGAGCGCGAGGCUUUCGUUUCGUGCUUCACCAAGCCUGCGUACCAGCUUGCCGAGGCUGAAGCCUACCUCAAGGUUAACGACAUCCGCCUCGGUGUCUACAAGGUCAUCUGCUUGGCUGUCAAGUUCCAUGGUCACGCCUUCGGCGCCCAGACCAGCAUCGUCCAGAACCUCACCUACUUUGAGCACCUGUCCGAGCCCAUGGCCGAGCUGCUCGCCAUUCUGGAGAAGGAGUUCGACUACCCUCAGCUCGCUGAGGAGGUUCUCCGUGAUGUCGCUGGCAAGACCUUCUCUCACACCGACGCCAAAGGCCCCCGCUCUUUCUCGCGCUUCCUCGUGCGCCUUGCCGAGCUGAGCCCCCGCGUCGUCCACAAGCAGAUGCCGUUACUGCUCACGCAUCUCGACAGUGAUGCUCACCCCAUGCGUAUGGCUAUCGUCGAGAUCAUUGGCCUGCUCAUCAAGGACCUGUCCAUGGCAGAGGACGGCGACGAGGAGCAGAAGAAGAAGCAAAUUAAGCGCUUCUUCGAGAUCCUGCUCGAGCGCUUCCUCGACCUCAACUCCUAUGUGCGCUCCAAGGUGCUCACCACUCUCAUCAAGCUCUGCGACCUCCCAGUCAAGUUCCCCAAGCAGCGUGCGCAGAUUGCCGAGCUUACCAUCCGCACCCUCGAGGACAAGACUUCAUCCGCCCGUCGUUACGCCAUCCAGCUGCUCUGCAAGCUGCUCGAGACCCACCCCUUCGGAGCCCUCCACGGUGGUACACUCAACCUCCCAGAGUGGCAGGAGCGUUACGACAAGGUCUGCGUUGAGCUCGAGAAGGUCGACACCCAGGAGAUGGAGAAGGCUCGCCGUGAUGCCGGCAUGGACGACGAGGAUUCCGAUGAGGACUCCGACGAAGAAGAGGAGGAGACUGCUGAGGAGGACGCCGAAGAGGACGAAGAGGCCGACGACGAUGACUACGAGGGUGAUGAGGAUGCGGACGAAACCGAAGGCACUCCCAAGCCCAAGCCCAAGAAGGUCAAGAAGGAGAAGAAGGAGCGAAAGCCCCGCAAGUCUCAGAUCGACAUGGCUGCCGUCGAGGCCGAGCAGUCGUCGCUUGACGCCGAAGCCGUCAUGCGCCUUAGACUUACCAAGAAGUACUACUCGGACGCCCUGCGAUUCAUCAACCAGAUCGAGUCAUCGAUCCCGACACUCUGCCAGCUGCUCGUCAGUACCAACAAGACCGAGGUGCUUGAGUCGAUGCGUUUCUUCCGCACCGCCUACGAGUACAACAUUGCGUCAUCUGAGCAAGGUAUCAAGACCAUGCUUCACCUCAUUUGGACCAAGGACGUCAAUGCUACUACCGACGAGGGUACAGAGACUCGCAGCAUCCGUGGCAACCUCAUCGACGUCUACCGCAGCUUGUACUUUGACGUCGUGCCCGACCUCACGCCCAAGCAGCAGGUCAACCGUAUCGCCAAGAACAUGAUUGAGCGGACAUACGGUGCCACACUCGCCGAGCUCACGUCUCUUGAGGAGCUUAUGCGCACAAUGAUGCUCGACGGCGGUGUCCACCCUGAUGUCAUCAACAAGCUCUGGCAGGUGUACAGCACCGAACAGGAAAUCCCCAAGGCCCAGCGCCAGGGUGCUAUCAUUAUCCUUGGCAUGCUUGCUGUUGCCAAGCGGGAGAUUGUCGCUGAUCGUGUUGAGGCGCUUCUCAAGAUUGGACUCGGCCCUCAUGGCAUGAACGACCUUGUUCUCGCUCGCUACACUUGCAUUGCGCUUCAGCGCCUUGGUGGCAGUGCCAAGAAGGUCAAGGGUUCGCUUGCCGACAAGACGAUGCGCCUCCCAAUGGACAACCCGGUGUUCGUCAAGCUCCAGAACGUCAUCGAGCACGCUUCUCGUUCGCCUCAGUGGUUUGGCAUGGCUGAGCAGGCGGUCAACACCAUCUACCUGCUUGGCCAGCAGCCCGAUGCUCUCUGUGGUCAGAUCAUCAAGGAUCUGACUGCGAGGGUCUUCGCUAAGACCGCUGCCGUGGAAGCUGCUCCGGAGCCUGAGGCGACCCAGGAGGCUGGAGAGUCGCCUGCGGAGACGGCGCCGUCUGUUGACGGAACAGAGGUGACUGACGCCGCGUCCACACAAGGCGAGGCUGUCGUGCCCAAGGAGCCCUCCAAGGACGAGAUUGGUGCCUUCAAGCUGGCCCAGCUGGUGUUUGUCGUCGGCCACGUCGCCCUCAAGCACAUUGUCUACCUCGAGCUUGUCGAGCGCGAGUUCAAGCGCCGCAAGGAUGAGAAGGCGAAGGAGAAGGCAGCCGAGAAGGCCAAGGAGAAGGACGGAGGCAACGACCUCGAGGCGGUUGCUGGUAAUGCUGAGGACGACAUUGGUGACCUCAUCGCCAACAUCCGUGAGAAGGAGCUUCUGUAUGGCGAGAAGAGCCUGCUUGCUCUCUACGGCCCGAUGAUUGCCGCCAUCUGCGCCAGUCCCAAGCGCUACAGGGUAGGUUUCUGCCACAAGUACAAUACUGACCGUCAGUCACCCACUCUUCGCGAGGCCGCUGUCCUUGCCCUCACCAAGUUCAUGUGCGUCAGCUCUGCCUUCUGCGAGGCCCAUCUUCUCCUGCUCUUCAAGAUCCUCGAGACCAGCCGCGACCCCAUUGUUCGCAGUAACAUUGUGAUCGCCCUCGGAGACAUUGCGGUCUGCUGGGGCAGCUUGAUCGACGACAACUCUGAGCGCCUCUACCAGGGCUUGACAGACCCCGACCCGAUUGUCAAGAAGAACACGCUCAUGGUCCUGACCCAUCUUAUCCUCAACGGUAUGAUCAAGGUCAAGGGCCAGCUCGGCGAGAUGGCCAAGUGCCUCGAGGACCCCGACCAGCGAAUUGCCGACCUCGCCAAGCUCUUCUUCUCCGAGCUCAGCACCAAGGACAAUGCUCUGUACAACAACCUCCAGGACGUCAUCUCGCACCUGAGUAUCGGUGCCCACGCCGUCGACGAGGAGACGUUUGAGAAGACGAUGCGCUUCAUCUUCAAAUUUAUCGAGAAGGAGAAGCAGGCCGAGGCUAUUGUCGAGAAGCUCUGCCAGCGAUUCCGUCUGGCCACUGAGGAGCGCCAGUGGCGUGACAUUGCAUUCUGCUUGUCGCUUCUGCCGUUCAAGUCGGAGCGGUCCAUGAAGAAGCUCAUCGAGGCACUGCCAUUCUACCAGGACAAGCUGCACGAGGAGACUGUGUUCCGGCGCUUCACAGAGAUUCUCGCCAAGGCUCGUGCCAACAAGGGAGCUGGCAAGCCGGAGACUGAGCUCAAGGAGUUCGAGGCCAUUCUCUCUGAGCACCAGGCCAAGGGCCUCGAGGAGCAGGCUCUCGAGGCUGAUGUGGCAAAGAAGACCAAGGCGGCGAAGCGGCGUGCUGCUAAGCGGCCACAGGCUGCCGAGCCCAAGGCACGGCCAAAACGUGGCGGUGAGUGCACCUGCGUGUUGUGGAACCAUACUGACAAGCAAGGACGGCGGCAGGUGGUCGAGAGUGAGGAAGAGGAAGAGGAGUGA